GAGACGAAGGUGCGAAAGCAAAGCAGUUGUUUAGACUCACCACCAUCUGUCAGAAAUCUAUCACAGCAUUUCUAUGUUCGAAGACUACUAUUAACGCGGUACUACAAUAGGACGAAUCUAUCACUGUACAACUAGAAGGAAAAUCACUGCAGAAAAUAUGGCUCGCAACGACGAUGCGCCUUACCGGCCACCUGUCUCCGAAGUGAGGUCGGUGUUCGGAGAGCAGAGUCCUGGUUUUGGCUUACCGGAACAGGUCGGCGGGUCCCAGUCAAGCCAUAGCAACCUGGAUCAGAGCGCAAAUAGCUUCAAUCGAAGCCCGAAGAUCUCGGCGACCGUGCAGACUAACCCAUUGAGCUCGAAUAUGGGCACGAAUCCGAUGGCGAGUCUUCCGAUGAGCAUAAUUUUAUGAUUUGACGGAAUGUCUUAGUCUUGUGAUGUCAUCUGCGUGGGUGUUAGACUCGUCAUAGAUGUGGGUCCACAUGAAUGAGAAAAGGACUCGUCAUACAGUCGUCGGGAGUGAAAACAACUCGUCAUAGAUGUUGGUCCACAUCAAAACUGAUUAUGCCGUCUGAGAAAGUAGAUUGAUCAUUGUCCAUCUCUUUUCAGCAAUUGAACCUUUCAUCCCCCGCCGCCAGCGGAGCAGGUGGAGGCGGAGGAGGGCCAUAUGGUCCGAAUUUAGCUGGGAGUGGAGGGCUGAACAGCUCAUAUGUCAGUCGAGAAGGGAAUCGGACGCCGAAGCAGGUUGUGCACAACUACCUCAAUGGGCCGCCAGGACGAGGGCACUUUAGUCCUGUGCCAGUACCAAAAGUCAUGGAAAAUAGCACGGAUUUGGCGUAUUUGGUUUGCAGUUACUCACUCGCGUAGAAGAUUUGUUACCGUGCUUCGCGUUCAGUUCUAUCUCGUACCCUUUGAGAUCUAGUAGAAUGUGAGAACUUACUGAUAGUGAUAGAUCCAAACUCGUGCUAUAGAUCACAAAGAAAAUCACAGGAUCAUGAAACUUUCCGCAGAUGUUGCCUGAGGCCGUGAUUCUACCAUAUCACGCAAACUCAACUUACGUCUGCCAGAAUACACUCAAUCAGCGAAGAUCUCUCCAUCGCUUAACCUUGUUCGGUGGAGAGAUAAUCUGCAUUGACAAUCUUCUCAGUGCCAUUUAUGAAAAGAAUUUAGGAUCCUAGCUUUGCCAUUGAACGAUUUUCAGAGCAUCUACUUCCUCUCAGUCUCACCCAAAUCCAACAAGAGCAAACCACUAGGUUUCUCCGCAAUUCUCUCGAGCAAGACGCGAAGCGAGUUGCCGUUAUCAACGAACGCUUGGUCUUUUUAGAAGAUCAGAAUCGGACUUUUAGGGAGCUGUGCUGGGACAAGAUUGGCCAUUUAGAGAAAGAAGCGCUGAAUCUGAAGGAGCAAGUCCUGGAGAAACUUGCCAGCAUGGAGCAGGGACAACGUAGAAUUUCAUCACUUGAUCGUGGUGGAGAUUUUUUUCACACAACAAAUUUAAAACGAUGAUGUCAUUCACCUCAGUCGCACUCAUCAAAGGAGCCACAAAGGUCUUCCUCAGGUGUCCAACUGCAGGAGCACGCUUAUCAAGUCACUGCCCUGAGCGGUAAAGUUGACGAUUUUGCCUCGGACGAAUCUACGCAGGAACGCGUACAAAAGGCUCUUUUAAGAGAGCUUGGGGAACUGAAGAUCGUCGAAAAUAUCCAAAACUUGAGUGGAAGUUUGAAGGCGACAAGCGUCAAAUUAGAGGAUAAGAUAGCGAAUCAAGGCGAACAUUGGGAACAGGUAAGUUCAAGCUGCUUUUGCUUUUGCUAUCUUUUUAGUGUUCGUGCCAAAUAUGCAUACUGUCAUGAUGAUUGGAUCACUUGGGACACCUUCUGAAUUCGCUUUCAGAAGCGAAUCUUGAGAACAACUUUGUGACCGCCCCAGUCUGACACAGCUAUGUUUUCACUUUGCAAGCUCAUGAUCAUUUUCUCUAUACUAUCAUGAUGAUUGGAUCACUUGGGACACCUUCUGAAUUCGCUUUCAAAAGCGAAUCUUGAGAACAACUUUGUGACCGCCUUCAGUCUGACACAGUAAUACUUUUUCACCUUUGGCAAGAUCAUGGCGAUUUUCUCCAUACUAUCAUGAUGAUUGGAUCACUUGGGACACCUUCUGAAUUCGCUUUCAGAAGCGAAUCCUGAGAACAAUUUUGUGACCGCCCCAGUCUGACACAGUAAUAUUUUUUCACUUGUUGGCAAGAUCAUGGCGAUUUUCUCCAUACUAUCAUGAUGAUUGGAUCACUUGGGACACCUUCUGAAUUCGCUUUCAGAAGCGAAUCUUGAGAACAAUUUUGUGACCGCCCCAGUCUGACACAGUAAUAUUUUUUCACUUGUUGGCAAGAUCAUGACGAUUUUCUCCAUACUAUCAUGAUGAUUGGAUCACUUGGGACACCUUCUGAAUUCGCUUUCAGAAGCGAAUCUUGAGAACAACUUUGUGACCGCCCCAGUCUGACACAGUAAUAUUUUUUCACUUGUUGGCAAGAUCAAAACGAUUUUCUCCAUACUAUCAUGAUGAUUGGAUCACUUGGGACACCUUCUGAAUUCGCUUUCAGAAGCGAAUCUUGAGAACAACUUUGUGACCGCCCCAGUCUGAUGAUUUUGAUAUCCUUGUCUUUGCAUGCGAUCCUCUCAGCUCAGCCUCGCCAACCUCUCACGGUCAAGUCCUUCAAGAAGCUUCUCCUGUACUCCAAAAGAGGCCUUCUCACUGCAAUCCAGAUGCUCCACGAAAACCUGAAGAACGCCAAAGACGAGAUAUCUCAGCUAAUAUCCAUGAAGCUGCAGGAGUUUCUAGUUGCAAACGUGGUUCCAUUACAGAAGGAACACCAAAAGUCCGAAGCUGACAGAGCGCUGAAGGAGAAGGACUUGUUAUGAUGGGGACCGAGGACUCAUUCUGUCGGAAUCAGGCGAGAGUUGUGAAAACAUAGUAGUAGUACGUCGUUGAUGUACUUGUUCUUGUCUAUUCGAUUAGUAGUUUUGUCUUCGCUGAGAAUGAGUAUUUCAUGGUAAAGAUUCGAAAAUUUCUCGUCUAAGCCAAGACCACCUCCUCCAAAGUCUCGACCAAACAGUUGACCGCAACCGUAAAGAAACUGUGGAGGCCUUAGCCGAGACUCGAAGAUCUGCCUUUGAUGGCCUACGCGUAUGCGAGAAGGAAAGCCGCGACAUGGGAAAGGAGUAUCGAAAUUUCUACUAUGGCUCUUGUUGUUCUUCUUUGAUGCUGCUUCCUUCUUAUCAUGCUGCUGAUUCUCACUAACAUGAUAUUCCCUACCUGCGCCGGCAGAAACCUGCUCUCUCAACACCCGCCCCAACACAGGCUCUGCGACAAGCUUUCUGAGCUUCAGUCCGACCACAGUACCCGACUCCAAGCCCAACUAGACCAAAUCAAUUUCACCAGAGACGAAAAACUUCCUUCCGAAAUCACUUCUUUGCGCACCGAUUUCAUCGACAGGUUCGACACCUACCAGAAAGACUUUGAGAGCAAGAUGUUCAAUCUUCUCGCCACUCGGGAGAAGGAGGAAGCAGCUGUACUACCACACCAGAACCAAGCUAGUAUUCAACAACUGACGCAGACAGUCUACCAGAACGCUGAGGUGCUGGAACAAGUGAAAUUUCAAGUGCUGGACAGCGCGAAGGCGUUUGGAAGCCUGAAGCAGCAGUUGUCGAGUGUUAUGAUAAACAAAAUGACGAAAUCAUAAUCAAGUAAGUCGCAUCUUUGAAGGACGUGACAACCGCUUUCAUGGGUAUCAUAACAUCUCGGUGUGACAUCUUGGUGUGACAGCUUCAUCAACACCACGACUUGCAAAUGCCCUUACUCCUGCGCAAGCGCCCCACUGCAUCAUAAUCCUUCGCCUUGCCGCACACUCCUUCGCCUUGCCGAACUUCCACGUCAUCCCCCAUUUCUAAACCCCAAAUCCUCCUGAAACCCCCACUGCAUACUCCUUCGCCUUGCCGAACUUGCACAUCAUCCCGCAUUUCUAAUCGGCAAAUCCUCUUGAACACUGGCGAAAGUGAACAGCUGAAAUCACAAGUGGAGAAGAUGCGAAAGUGGUUUAUGGAGUUAGACGAGAGCUUCCGGGACCAAGCAGGUCACUGGCGAGAUGUGGAGGGCAAGUUGGAGAAAUACCAAGCAGACAAACUGCAAGCAACCACAUCAUCGAGUGGGGCGAUGAUGGCGGGAAGUGGAGGCUUGGGCGGAGUUGACAGCGUGACCCUGGAUAUGAAAAUGAACGAGCUGAGGAGAGGUUUUUUACAGCUGACGUUUUGACACAUCCGUUUUUUUGUUGUCUGUUCUUGAAGUAAUCAUAGACGAGAAAUUCAAGUUCAUUGGGGGGGACCAACGAGAACGAGAAACAACAGUCCGAAUCCUAAAUUUUUCACUCAGAAAAUAUUUAUAUCCAAUUGUCAGACAUCGACCGUCGACUCGAUACUCAAGAGCGCCGCCAUGGCGAGGUUAUGCUCAAGCUCGGCGACCUCAACAAGUUCACCGAAACCAUGUCACCCGUUAGCAGACAGAAGAAGAAUGCUGUAUCAUCUUCAAUAACCAGAACUAGUGUCGACGCGGGUGGCUUGAAAACAACCCGUCGCUCCCUGUCCAGCGCAGUUGGCAACCUGUCCCAGCAAUCCGCCGAGUGGGCACAGCUGGUCGCUGCGACUCGAAAUUCUGAGGUGGAGGGAACUUUGCCCCUAUCGAAAAAAGAGUUCAGGGCAGUGGUCGAACAGCUAGAAAACGAACUCCGCGUUCUCGCAGAGGCUACAGAACAGGAACUGGACUUGGUACGCACAGAAGCCUUCGAGUACAUUGAGCGGACAGUGGAUCAGAUGAGCCAAGACUUUAUGACGGAACUCGUGGGAGAAGACGGUGGUACGACGGCAGGUAGAGGAUCUUCAUCUUCAUCCUCUAGCGGUGGUAGGAGAUCCUCAGGAGGCGUUCUAGCGACCAGAACGUCAGGAACACACUCGAGACCUUCCAAUGGCACAACUUCAUCACUGCGCAACAUGCUCCUAGACUCUUUCCUCGACGACCCAGCUCUGGCAGACCAUGUGAGAACUCUGUUCGAGACGCGCAUACAACAACAAGUGCCAAGUAGGCAAGACUUGGUGGAGCUGCAGGUGGAUGUGGCCAGGCAAAUCCGAGACGUGUCACAACAAUCUUCACGAGAUAUCAAAGACCAAAUCGCUGUGGGUGUGCAGAAUCAGCUAGAUUUGAGAGGAGGAGCUGCUUCUUCUCAACAACAAGUCGUCAACAUGCAGCGAGCAGUGGCUGAUCUAGAGCGAGACGUGAGCAACAACCGUGGAGCAGUGGAGGGACUGCGAGCGGAGGUGAACAAGGCAGUUGAGGAAACGCGCAAGGAGUGUGCCUCGCAGGUGAGGAGCGUGGAACGGGACCUGGAGUUGGCAGAGGCUAGGACGCGAGAGGCUGAUAUGGAGUUGGCGUUGAAGCAGGAGAGGCUGGAGAAGAUGAUGCUGCAGGAACGAAGUGUAUGGACGAUGAUGUUUUUUCCUCUAGUGAUCAGACCAUCGAGGCUCCCCCUGUUAGGACUAUAGAUACGUUUUUAAGCCCUUAGUUGGUUGUACUACGUUUUUAAUUUAUAAGGGGAAGAAAGGGAUAGCCGUGAAGAUGGUCUGCCUAGAGGGAAUACAUAGACGCCGUUCAUAACGUAGUGCAGGAGUGAUCAGCGCUGCCUAUGCAGCAGCGGAAAGAAGAGGAAGGGGGGUUUAAAAAUCCGAAAAGGGAUAUGGAAAAAAAAAGGAUAUGGAGCUAAGACUUCAUUUUCCUCGAACAAAUAGAAGCAUGAUCGGCAAUAAUCGUGAAACGAUUUCUUCGCAUCCAACUACUAUGGAUUAAUUGAAAAUUCUACAGCACGAGUACCUCUGAAGACUAGAAAUUUUGUUCUUGAGCUACUUUGUCGUAAUAUAUACGCUUAUUUCUUCUACAGAAGAACAAGUCUACGGAAACUCUCAGCUUUUCUGCCGGGUGCGUGGUGGAGUCCACGGUUGGACAGAUAUCUUCGUUCAGUUUUUUUCUCAUUUUCAAACCAAGAUUUGUAACUAGUUGCUCUCUACCUUAUGAUUCGGUCCUUCUACGGCUAUGUCUAUUUCAUUUUCAUCUGGCUCGCUGCAACACACACGCAAGAAUGAACUAUCUCACGCACGCAAGAAUGAACCAUUUUUCCGAGCUGUAGUUUGGGGAGUACUACUGCGUUCCAUCUAGUGGACAUGGAUUGAGGAACAAGUGAUUUGGAUUCAUGUUGCGAGGUAUUUGCGUUGGCAUUAUGGAUUCAACGCUACGUGUUUUUAUCAAGCAAAUCAAUGCGCGUUAGGGCACAGUGAGCAAGUACAACGAAAAGAAAGACUGCCGGCGAACUAUUUAUGGUGCGGACUAUCUUUGGUGUGCGAGGCAGUAAGAACCACGAAUGUACUAGGUGAGGAGGCACGAAUGUACUAGGAGCAGAAGUUGGUCGUGGAAUCUAAGAGCCAUUUGUUAUUUAUGGUGCUCUGGAGCGCUGGAUCGGUUGGCAGCAGAAAAUUCAUAAGGC